GGCGGCCAUAAAUACAUAAAACUCACUAAUAUCACAGCUCAAAAGUUUCAUAGCUGUUGGAACAAAAAGAAACUACCGGACAUAUUCACCCAGGUUUAGCAAGUUUCUAACGCUAUGAAAAAUUCUUGUAUCCGACAAAGUGACGGCAUUGCCUAUGUUUCGGACCUGCUUCGGGUCUGAUGUUUUUCAAUCGCAACCAUCGAACACGAUGCUACUUCGGCUUCUUUCACUUCACAUUCUUUUCAUCGCUUGAAUAUAUCAAAAUCUUAUACCAGCAGGCCAGAUAAUGCUAUUUCCCCUUUUUAUUGCAUUGAGUUGUUUUGUCUACGGAAUCAUUGCAUUAAAGUGCAACGGCCACGAGGAGUUUUGCGACCGUCCUUACAACAAAAUUACUUACCUUGCAACCCAUAACUCUUACGCUUACGCUAAAAACAUCGGUGCAAACCAGGAAUACCCAAUCGCCUAUCAGUUAGAUGAAGGCGUUAGAGCUUUGAAACUUACGACUGCCAAGCCUGGUUCUUGGAGCAAUUCUACGCAAUACAAAGUCCAACUGUGCCACACCAUGUGCGAAAUUCUAGAUGCCGGCCCUCUAGAAGAUACGUUAGACAUCAUCGCAAAUUGGCUCAAGUUGAAUCCGCACGAAGUAAUCACCAUUAUGAUGAACAACAUUGGAGACUUUCAUAGCCGCGAUCUGGAGCCAGUGUUUGAGGCUAGUGAGAUUAUGCCUUACCUGUACAUCAAGCAGCGCUACAGCAACCAAUGGCCGACCCUUGGAGAGAUGAUUGAAUCCAAUAAGAGGCUCGUGGUAUAUCUUGACAUGGGAGCGGACCCUUCGGAAGUGGCAUGGAUUAACCACCAAUUCGAGUAUAUGUGGGAGACACCGUAUAACAACUUUUCACCCGAGGACUUGAACUGUGAUAUUGAUCGACCGGAGGAUCCAAAAGAACCAGAUGAAAUGAUGUAUCUUGUAAACCAUUUCCUGUAUGGAAACUUCGUCGUUGGAAAUAUGAGCAUACCUCUACCUCAAGGAGGAAAGGCCGCUGAAACCAACUCUAUGCUGCAGCUGCAGGAACACAUGUCCAUAUGUAAGGAAAUGUUUGAGCGUAAUCCAAAUUUCAUCGAAGUAGAUUUCUUCAACCAAGGAGACGCGAUGAAUGUAGUUGAUGAGCUGAAUAACGUGUCGCAUGUACGAAGAGAACAAUUCAGUAAUCAGACGCGAGUCAUACGAAUAUCAACUAGUGAAGGUUUAGUUGUUGAUCAUCUCGUCCUAUCCAGAUUAGUGUCCAGUCUUGCUGUGGUCUGGUUUUUGCUUUCGCUGUAAAAAAAAUAAAAAUUACCUAAAAAAUAGCAUAU